AUGGCUUGCAGAGCGGUUAGCAAAAGGGGUAUUAAUGUUGGUUUCACUAGGGUUUUGACUUCAAUUUCACCAGAGCAUGCAGUGGGGUUUACUUCAAGAACUGGUCUUGAUGGUGCUUUAGUCAGAUAUAUACCUGAGUCUUCUUGCAGCCCAUUUCUACAAGGGUCUGGUCAUCACACUACAAAAGAAUCAUCUAUUAGGUGCUUUCACGCUAGUCCAGAACUGUGGUUUAGAAGAAGAUAUGUUAAACAAGAACCUGGUUUGAAGAUGCAAAAUAAAGGGAAGUUCACUAAAAAGGACAAAAAGAAGAGCCAACCACCGGUUGAAGCUCCAUAUGUGCCUCCUAAACUGAAAAGAAGUAACAAGUCCUUGCAAGAUAAAACAAUUGACAUAUUUGAAGGCAUGUCCACCGUUGAACUUGCCAAGUGUACUGGUCAGUCAGUAACAACUCUGCAGGAAAUUCUUGUUAAUGUUGGGGAAAAGGUUGUCUCAGAAUUUGAACCACUCAGCAUCGAUGUUGCAGAGCUGGUUGGAAUGGAAGUUGGGGUCAAUGUCAGGAGGCAACACUCCAAUGAAGGUUCAGAAAUUCUUCCACGACCAGUAGUUGUAACAGUCAUGGGUCACGUUGACCAUGGUAAAACUUCUCUUUUGGAUGCUCUACGUGAAACAUCUGUGGCAGCGAAGGAAGCUGGAGGCAUAACUCAGCAUCUGGGUGCUUUUGUUGUGAGCAUGCCGUCAGGAGCAUCAAUCACAUUCCUCGACACUCCUGGUCAUGCUGCUUUUAGUGCAAUGCGAGCAAGAGGUGCAGCAGUCACUGAUCUAGUUGUGCUCGUUGUUGCAGCUGAUGAUGGGGUGAUGCCUCAAACUCUUGAAGCCAUGUCUCAUGCAAAAUCAGCAAAUGUACCAAUUGUAGUUGCAAUUAAUAAAUGUGAUAAACCGAGUGCAAACCCAGGGAGAGUCAAACUCCAGCUUGCAUCAGAAGGCUUGUUGCUGGAGGAAAUGGGUGGAGAUAUUCAGGUAGUUGAAGUUUCAGCUAUUGCAAAAACUGGAUUGGAUAACCUCGAGGAGGCUAUACUUCUUCAGGCGGAGAUGAUGGAUUUAAAAGCACGUGUUGAUGGUCAUGCUCAAGCUUAUGUAGUAGAGGCAAGACUUGACAAGGGACGAGGUCCUUUGGCGACUGCUAUAGUGAAGGUAGGGACUUUAGUUUGUGGGCAGCAUGUGGUUGUUGGUUCAGAGUGGGGCAGAAUAAGGGUUAUUAGGGAUAUGUCAGGGAAGUUGACUGAGCGGGCACGACCAGCAAUGCCGGUUGUUAUUGAAGGGCUGAAGGGGCUUCCUAUGGCUGGUGAUGAUGUUACUGUUGUGGAAUCUGAGGAGCGAGCUAGAAUGUUAAGUGCAGGGAGGAAAAGGAAAUAUGAGAAAGACAGGCUUAGGCAGAUCAUGGAACAACGGGCAGAAACUAAUGAACCAUCAGAAGAUGACUCUGUGCCUAAGAGGACUGAAAUGCCAUUAAUAGUAAAAGCUGAUGUGCAGGGAACUGUCCAAGCUGUCACAGAUGCCUUGAGGACUUUAAAUAGCCCUCAGGUUUUUGUAAAUGUGGUCCAUCUUGGUGUUGGGCCAAUUUCCCAGUCCGAUGUGGACUUGGCACAAGCCUGUGGUGCUUGUAUAGUUGGGUUCAAUGUGAAAAGUCCACCUAGUUCUAUCAGUCAGGCUGCAAUUGUAGCUGGUAUAAAGAUUAUGCAGCACCAAGUGAUCUAUCACCUAUUGGAUGAAGUUGGCAAUUUGAUAGUAGACAAAGCCCCUGGGACUCUCGAGGCCCAGGUAGCUGGGGAGGCUGAAGUGCUGGACAUCUUCGAGCUAAAAGGAAGGAGAAAGUCUGCUGAUGUAAAGAUUGCUGGCUGCAGAGUGAUUGAUGGCCAUUUUACCAAAUCUUCGACCAUGAGGCUUCUUAGGAGUGGGGAAGUCGUGUUCGAAGGACCUUGUGUAUCUCUAAAGCAGAAGAAGCAUGAUGUGGAAUUAGUGGAGAAAGGAAAUGAAUGUGGACUUGUGAUCCAUGAUUGUGAUGAUUUUCAGAUUGGAGAUGUCAUCCAGUGCGUGGAGCAAGUAGUUAGAAAGCCCAAGUUGAUCAUAUCAGACAAUGGUAUUGCUCGUAUUGAGUGCCAUUAA